AUGUUGAUCAUCGGGCUCACAGGCUCAAUAGCGACGGGCAAGUCCACUGUGUCAUCCAUUCUCUCGACACCACCCUAUUCCCUCCCAAUCAUCGACGCCGAUCUCCUCGCCCGCAAAGUCGUCGAACCCGGCACUGCAGGCUACAAAGCAAUCGUCAACUACUUCGGUCCCACCACACCAGAUCUACUAUUAGAAGAUGCAUCCACACAUUCCAGCGGGAAGCCACUGAACCGACCGGCGCUCGGGCGACGUGUCUUUGGUAACACAGAAGAGCGCAAGCGCGACCGACAAGUCCUCAACGGUAUCGUCCACCCCGCCGUCCGGUGGGAAGUCUACAAAGCCCUAAUCUACCACUAUCUGCGUGGUCAAUGGGCGGUGGUGCUAGAUGUACCACUUCUCUUUGAGAGUGGAAUGGAUCUCAUCUGCGGAACGGUGAUUGUGGUUGGGGUUCACGAUCCCGAAAUCCAAAUGGCGCGGUUGCGCGCUCGCGACUCACAUCUUACAGCCGAAGAUGCAGAAAACCGGGUCCGGAGUCAGGGGGAUGUACGGACGAAAGCGACGCAGGCGGAGUUCCGGGGGACAAAGACGGGGCGCGGGGUGGUGGUUUGGAAUGACGCUGAUAAGGCAGAGCUCGAAGUUGCUGUUCAGGAGGCUAUGGCUAGUAUUGCGGCGUCAAGUCCGAGGUGGUGGGCGUGGACGUUGUUGAUUGCGCCGCCGGUUGGGGUUGGGGUUGCUGCUUGGAAUUUGAUCGUGAAUUUCGCAACGCAGAAGGGGUGGGAGAAGAAGAAGCAGGAGGAGAAGUCGAAGCUUUGA